AUGUAUGUGGCAUUAUGGUACAAAUAUGGGAAACCUAUACAUGGAAGAGCUUAUAACGAUGAUGGUGGUGUCCAAUGCUCGUUCCCCUACAAGAGCAAAUUGUAUUUUGAUGAAAUUUGUUUAAACAGAAAUCACGUAUUUAGGUAUGAAUGGCUUCCACUGAAGUCACGUUUUGACGAUGUAACUCAUCGCGAACUGGUUAGAUGCGGUAAUUCUACACCAAUACUCAUAAAUUGUAAGGACGGUAAUCCACGACUUGGGUAUCUCGACUUGAGCACUGAGGUCGCCAUGGUCUCAUACGACAAGAAAGUGGAAGAAAUUGCCGGAGGUCCAACACAAAAUUGUCUCGGAUUAUUUCGAAACUAUAAAGAGCCACCGCAUAAGUUGGUUGAAGAUGAUCAAUGGGACGAU